AUGCCCACCACUCUCCCUGUGCCCUCGAAGGGUGCGCUUCGAACUCUCCGGAACCUCGCUUUGGGAACGUCAUGCACAUUGGCCUUCGGUACUGGUCUACUAACGGAAGACCGGCGACGUCGUCUACAUACCAUGCGAGAGGUACAUGGAAAUGUACAAAAGAUCAAAUCCUCGAGAAGCUACUACGGUGCUGGUAGGGCGUUGAUAGAUACGCUCGAUGACCUGGGCGCUGGGUAUGCACCUGAGAGCAUUUUUCUGGCGGGCGAUCCGGCGAUGAGGAGUCUGACCAAGGAUACCAAUCGAGCGUUAAAAUCCGAAGAAUCUAUAUCAACAAGAUCUCCUGAACCUACAGCACUACCACCACCCUUUUUUCCGGUGCCAGGACACAUAGAGCGGCCCCCCAAAGACCUCUGGAGACGACCGCCAGCAAUCCGUUCUCACCUGCCCAUCACAGCUCCUCCGCCCCCGCCACCGGGACUUAGCAGAGCCAAAAUACACAAUCAUCAGCACAGGCUUGCCAGCGAUGUUGCUAGUAUCCUUGAAGGCGGUGGUGUUGAGACAAACGUCGAUGCGGCAGCGUUGCGAUUCCUAGAUACUUUCGAAGAAGGCCUACCGAUAGACGGAUCUGGGCUUCUACGGCCCUUGGUCGACGUUGCGGCUGAGUUAUCGAAGGCUUGUGUGAAGCAAUCAAAGUUGGAUUAUUCAGAGAGGAUAUUAGACGUGGUUCUAAAGUACCCCCCUAUCGACGAAGCACAGUUCCAGAGUCUACAGCCCUAUUCAGUUGUUCAGCACCUAGUCGACGGGCUAAAAAAUGAGGCUCUGAGCGACUCUCGAGCUGUAGAUGCCAAACUCAGGAAAGCAUGUUCAAUAUACAUGAUGGAAUUCGAUGGCAAACCGCACACCGCUCAAGAAUCGGAUCUAGAAAUAGUCCAAUCCCUUGGAGAAAGGCUCUGUGCCGAAAGCUACCGGGUUGGGAUGUAUGACCUCACGAUCGAUAUCUACUCUCACCUUCCGCGGAAGCGCUCCUGUGGCGUGCAAACUCUUAGCCACGUUAUCGCAGCAUGCCAUGAGUUAGGGAUGCACGGAAAGGUCUUUGGCUAUUUUUCUAGGUAUGCCCAGAAGUUGCCAGAUCAGGUUGACUUUUACCAUACUGUUGGUCGGGUAAUCGAUUCUGCCUUGAAGCACGGCAGGGGCAACAUGAAUCGUGCUGAGGAGACUUUGGUUAUUGCUACCCGCAUGGCGAAGUCUAGAGGUUUCUCGACCUCCACCACUCCAAUACUCAAGGUUAUUGGACACCAAUGGAGAUCUACUAAGAAUAUUCACAAGACAAGGGAAUUAUUCGAUCGUUUGGAGCCUCUGGCCCAUGUUGCUGGGCAUCCUCAAGCAGCCUACGGGGCCAUCAUCCAAUUUUGCAUUGAGGCAGGUGAAGAGGCUGCCGCCACGUCGUACUAUGAAAAGCUGCGAGAAUCGUACGAGCCUCUUCCUGGUGAUGUCCGAAUUUAUGGACACUUCGCGCUUGCGAAAGCUAUGCGAAAUGACUGGAGCGGGGUCAAAGAAGACCUUCGCAACAUGGCUGUGUUGAGCCCUGAUCAUAAACACGACUUUAACAGCUGCUUUACCCCUAUACUGAAGGUGUUUGCAAAGUCGCAUCCUGUCAAUGAGACUGAAGAUUUUGUUCGGGGCUUCGUCGAGGAGGGCCACCUAGAGAUGACGGCUUUCAUCUCAAAUAUUAUGAUCGAUACAUAUGCUAAGGCUCGAGAGAUGGCCUCCUUGGUUCGAUGGAUAGAAUAUGCAACAUCUGUUGGCUGUAAAAUGGACGCGGUAUCAGUCAAUAUCAUUCUCAACAAUUGCUACAGAACGUGGAAGUUUCCAUUCGAAGAGACGUACCAUCUUUAUCGCCACAUCCUCGGUCUCGGGAAGGGCUCUCGGAAUUUGACCGACAAUGAUACAAUGGAAAUACUCGGCCGAAUUGCUGUCAACGAUUCUCCCACCGCACCAGAACGUGAUAGGAGAUUGCGUCUUUUGAAGGAGCUAGGCAGACCGAAACAUUCCUGGAGCUCCAGCGGCGUGCAUCGGGCAAUGAAGACGACGCUUGCAAAUGAAAAUCCGGCGGCAACUUUGAAAAUCUAUGAUCGUGCUUGUACUGAGGAUUUGCUUUUGGGGCGUGGCCACCUGGUGGCAGCCGUGAAAGCUUCCUUACAAGUAAACGGCGACAACGUCGACGAAAGUAUUCGUCUUAUCAAGGAUGCCCAGCGUGGGGGUCAGAAUGUGGAAUUACCCAUUGCCAUUUUGAUUGUCCACCAAAUGACCAAGGUCUGUGGACAAGACCAACCAGCUAUCCAUCUCCAGGGGAUGGUUCAAAACACCAUGUCUACCUUGGACAAGUACGGGUUCAACGUAUCUCCUCCUGUAUUAACACAUACAAUCAGCCUACUUGAAAGACAUGGUAGGUUCCGUCAAGCGUUUAACUUUUGGACCACUAUAUCCCAACAUCAAGGUCUACCGCCAUCCUCUAUUGAUCUUGUAACGCUGUCCGCACUUCUAAGGGUAUUUAUUGGGCUUCGCGACGCUAGGGGUAUCUGCUGGGUAGGCAAAAUACUUGUGGGAAAUGGUCUAGUUCCUGACACUCGGCUCUACACGGACGUCAAGAAAGCCCGCAAGUCAGCAAUGGAUAUAGAGAUGCAAGAACCUUCUCUACACAUAUCCAAGUUCGUUGCUGCUCUUUCUGAACUUCGUACAACCGUGGCCUGCUUAAGGAAGCGCGCAGCGUCAGAGAAAAGGGAUGUUAGAGAUAUGACUGUCAAAAUCAUGGAACGUGCCAUCAAGAACCAGGAAAACGAGAAAAGCCAGGGCCAAAAGGCAGCAACAAUUGUUCAUGUGGCAAUGGAAGCCUCUCCCAAGCCGAGGGGAUUGUCGGAGCCCGUGAAAGAGUCGCUGGAUUUAGAUAAAGAGCCAUGUUAUGGCUUUUUUGUUGGGCCGCGGAAGGUAGUCGAAGUGGCAUAA